GACCAGUUUAUCUAAUUUCAGGACAUGAUAAUUGGGCAUCGGAAAGCCGUCGUUCAUUGCAGUGUAAGCGACCGGGGCAUCUCUACACGCAUUACGCAGACGACAGAUUCUUAACUAUUUUUUGAAACAUGAGUCGUGUUAACCUUGACGAACCUCGGUGGGACCAGAGCACGUAUGAGGGUCGUGCUCGCCAUUUCUUCACCACGACCAAUCCAAUGAAUCUGCUCUGUACUCCUGCCCAGCUAGAGAAUGCCAGAGAUAUUGUGACUAGAUAUAGGAAGGGUGAUGAUUUGAAAUUGUCCGAAGAUGAGCUGUGGCAGGCGAAGAGCAUAUAUGACUCUGCUUUCCAUCCCGACACUGGAGAGAAGAUGCUCCUGAUUGGCCGGAUGUCAGCUCAGGUCCCUAUGAACAUGACCAUAACGGGUUGCAUGCUCACCUUCUAUAAGACAACUCCGGCUGUUGUGUUUUGGCAGUGGAUUAACCAGUCUUUCAAUGCUGUUGUCAAUUACACCAACCGCUCUGGAGAUUCCCCCAUUAGUGUGCAACAACUGGGAACAUCCUAUGUGAUGGCCACCACUGGUGCCUUGGUCACUGCCUUAGGCCUCAAUAGCUUAGUCAAGUCCCUGCCGCCUCUGAUUGGCCGACUUGUCCCCUUCACAGCUGUAGCUGCCGCCAACUGCGUCAAUAUCCCUAUGAUGAGAAUGAAGGAGAUCCAGGAUGGCGUGACGCUCCUGGACAGCAAUGGUAACAAGUUGGGCGAGAGUAAAACAGCAGCCAAAAAGGGCAUUGCGGCUGUGUGUGUCUCCAGAAUUCUGAUGGCUGCUCCAGGCAUGGUCUUGCCACCCAUCUUGAUGAAUGCUCUUGAGAAGCGGGGAACACUAAGGAGAAUGCCCUGGAUCUCAGCUCCUCUCCAGGUGGCUCUUUGUGGCUUAUGCUUGACCUUUGCCACACCUGCCUGCUGUGCGCUCUUCCCCCAGAAGGCCUCGAUUGCGGUGUCGAGUCUGGAGCCGGAACUUCAGGAAAAGAUUCGAGCACUGCCUGAUGCACCAGAUGUGGCUUACUACAACAAGGGACUGUAAAUCUUCACUCUGUGGUAAUAGUAGAUGUUUAAUUGUGUGAAAAUGUAAUCCAGUGACACAAAAUGCAGAAAUCACAAGAUGGUGUAAAGGUUGAAAUAGAUAUAUUUGGAAGCAAUGAUAUUUCUCUCACUCUGUCACAUAGAUAUGCACAUUGCACCUGCAUAACACCCACAUGUGAUACCCAUUUAUAACACUCACAAACAAUGUACAGACACAUACAGAGACCCAGAUGCAGCCACACAAACACAGAUACAUAGACAUAUGCGCACACAGUCAAAUAUGCAUUCAGUCAGAUGUGCAUUCAGUCAGAUGUGCAUACAGUCAGAUGUGCAUACAAUCCUAUACACACACAGACAGAUGCACAUAGUUAGACAGAGACAGACAGCCAGAUGUGCACACACACACACACACACACACACACACACACACACACACACACACACACACACACACACACA